AUGAAGAGAUUUAUCGUUACGAUACAGAUACUUUGGCUGUUCUCGAUUUUGGCGGUUGAUGCCCAGCGCAACAGGGACAAGGUCCUAUUACGCGAAGUACAGGUGUUGACUUUAUACAAGGGACAAUACACGACUGGAAGACGUUCCAAUCCCGUUCCGCAGAUUAAGUGCGUUGGUGGAAAUGCGUGCAGGGAUAUCCAGCCUGAAGUUAUUCAAUGUCGACAGGUUGGAUGGGAUGGCCGAGAAGCUCAGUGGGAGUGCAAAGCGGAACUGGAAGACAUGUACAGGCUUGGCAAAACCAUUGUAAACUGCGAAGGGUAUGAUUAUCCGGAUGACCCAUACAUUCUUGCUGGAUCGUGCGGCGUCGAAUACGACCUGCAUCGGACGGCAAAAUACCGGGCUCAAACCGGUACCAAUCACCGACAGGAUCAGACCGCUCCUCCGCCGCUAUUUACGGGAGGGCUACUCUCAUGGCUGCUCAACAGCUCUCUGACAUCCUGGAUAACAAACAACCCGCUCACAUCGUGGGUCCAUCGCUUCCCGUUCUCGAUCUUGUUUGGUUCGUCGAGCUCUUCUUUUCGUCGAGAAGAUUGUGAGUUUGAUAUCCUCUUUCGGACAUUCUACAAUUACGGGCUGGAACAUGGCGCACGUCGUUUGGUGAGACAAUCAAGACGUGUUGCUGUUAUGGUGAUAAGAUUGCUAAAGUCUGUUAUUGACAGUGUGUUGAAAUCAUGUUUGGGUGGCGGAAGUCGGAGCGGGUCUGGUAGGAGUUCGCAGAGUACCUAUGGUGAUGGUCCGGGAGGAGGAUCGGGUGGGGGUGGUGGAGGUGGUCCUUCGGCGCCGCCAUACGAGCCUCCGCCGCCUUAUUCACCGCAAUCUGACAAUAGCGCGCACUCUACGAACCGUCCAGGUUUCUGGUCUGGUUUAGGACUUGGCGGACUGCUCGGUUCGAGAAUGUCGGCGAAUCGAAACUAUUCAAGAACAAGAUACCCAAAUGCUUAUGAUGAGCCGACUUCAUCCUCUUCUUCUUCUCCUUCUUCGUCUUCAUGGUCUCGCCCUUCGACAUCGUCUUCAUCGUCGUCCUCACAGCGGCGAACGACUACUGGAUAUGGGGGAACUAAAAGGCGAUAA